GUCUGAUGACGUCAGAGGGAGCGCGGCGGGCAGUGGGGCCGGGAUGCACCGGCGGGGGGUGGGCGCGGGCGCCAUCGCCAAAAAGAAGCUUGCGGAGGCAAAGUACAAGGAGCGAGGGACGGUCCUGGCUGAAGACCAGCUGGCCCAGAUGUCCAAGCAGCUGGACAUGUUUAAGACCAACUUAGAAGAGUUUGCCAGCAAACACAAGCAGGAGAUCCGUAAAAACCCCAAGUUCCGGGUCCAGUUCCAGGACAUGUGUGCCACCAUUGGAGUGGAUCCCUUGGCAUCUGGGAAAGGAUUCUGGUCAGAGAUGCUGGGAGUUGGAGACUUUUACUAUGAACUGGGUGUGCAGAUCAUUGAAGUUUGCUUGGCUCUGAAACACAGGAAUGGAGGUCUGAUAAUGCUGGAAGAACUUCACCAGCAAGUGCUGAAGGGAAGGGGGAAGUUUGCACAGGAUGUCAGCCAGGACGACCUCCUUCGUGCAAUCAAGAAACUGAAGGUCCUGGGGAAUGGCUUUGGGAUUAUCCCUGUUGGAGGAACAUACCUGAUCCAGUCAGUGCCAGCUGAACUGAACAUGGACCACACUGUUGUCUUGCAGCUGGCAGAGAAAAAGGGCUAUGUAACAGUCAGUGAGAUCAGGACCAGCCUGAAGUGGGAGACAGAACGUGCAAAGCAAGUGCUGGAACACUUGCUGAAAGAAGGAAUGGCCUGGCUGGACACACAGGCAGCAGGAGAACCUCAGUACUGGCUGCCUGCUCUCUUUACAGAGCUGUACUCUCAGGAAAUCACUCCAGAGGAAGCCAAAGAGGCAAUACCUUGACUGCUGCAUCAUGUUCUGUGCCUCUCUAGAGUUCUUUUGGGGAGGUUAUUUGCAUAUCACCUGAAACCCAGGGGCAGUGGGCUUGAAAUAAAAGGUUUUGUAAGUAAGAAGUAAGUAAAAGUUUCU